UACAGCCGGUGGCACCCACUGUACGUCGUCAGCUAUCAAUUCCAGAAACUUCCAAAUUCAUUAAGCGGUUCUGAUAACGCCCCGUCCUCAUCACUUCCGCACCUUUCUAUAUUUUCUUCAACCCUCCCCCUCUCUCUCUCUCUCUCUCUCUCUCUCUCUCUCUACGUUCCGUCUUCUAAACGCAAUUCUCUCAAGUUGGUACGUAAAUUUCGGAUUCUCUGCUCACGGAUUCGAGUUAAGUGUUUUGUGAAGGUUUUGGUUAAGGGUAGAUGGUUAUGGAGUCAAGUUUUCAAGAAUACACCGAUUUCAUCAAUGGUUUUUCAUUGGAUGAUGAGAAUACUUCGCCUGUGUUUGAUCAAUAUCCAGGUCAUGUGAACGGGUAUAGAUUUAGGGAUGAACCUUUGGAUCUCAGCUUCUUAGACGUUCCUUCACCUUCACCUACACCUGCCAAUGACCCGGCUAGCGCGAAUUUGUUACCAGUCGCGUUGCAAGUCGAUUCUCCUGAUGAGUAUACGGAUUAUGUUGCUAAAUUCAUAAACCAGAUUCUCGUUGAAGAGAAUAUGGAGAGUAAGCAGAGUAUGUUUCUUGACCCUUUUGCUUUACAAGAUACCGAGAAAUCAUUCUAUGAAGCUCUUGGCAACAACCAGUUAUCCGUGCAACCGCCUUUUAGUUUCGAAAGCCUAGAAGAGAUCCCCGGUGGAAGUACUAGCGAGUACAGUACGCACAGUAGCACAAGCGGUAGCAACUCUGUUCAACCUCAAUGUCUCCGUAGUGACUCGUUUGAGACGAAAUCUUCGGUCACACAAACUCAUUUGCGUGAGAACCUUCCUUUUGAGUCUACUGUAAGUGUGACUAAUGAUGUUAAUGACACAAUGGAUUCCAUGAUAAACGCACACGUUUUUCAAAGCAUGUUCACCAAUAACGAGACCAUGUUGCAGUUCAAGAAAGGUAUGGAGGAAGCAAGAAAGUUCCUUCCUCCUAACAAACCUCUCGUUAUCGAUCUCGAAAAGUAUAAUUUACCGUUGGAUAUAGUCGCUUCUCCUCCAGAGGUUGUGAAAACGGAGAAAGUCGAAAUGGAUAAUUUAUCAAACAGGUUUAGAGGACGAAAACAUUUUCAGUUGGAGGAUAAUAGUUAUGAAGACGAAAGAAUUAGCAAGCAGUCUGCUGUUUACGAGGAUGAAGAAGACGAGUUAUCUCAGAUGUUCGAUAAGAUCCUUCUUUGUACUAAUGCUAAAGGCGAGCCGACACCCGGUUGUGGAGACCUUCCAAAAAACCCGAAUUUACAAUACGUGUAUAGUGGUUGGAACGCUCCGGUUUGGAGAACGGGAAACGCAAACGAAAGCAUCGACAUUAGAACGUUAUUAAUCAACUGCGCACAGUCGGUUGCUGCGGACGAUUACAAGGUUGCAAGCGAACAACUGAAGCAGAUUCGACAACACGCGUCUCCAUCCGGUAACGCUUCACAGAGGUUAGCGCAUAUUUUCGCUCUUGGUCUAGAGGCACGCAUGUCGGGUACGGGUUCGGAGAUCUAUGAAUCUCAGAAGACCACCGGAAUCCUGUCUGCUGAUAAGUUGAAAGCGUUGCAGUCGUACAUGUCAUCAUGCCCGUUCAAAAAGAACGAGAUAUUCUUUGCUAACAAAACGAUUUACGAAGCAGCGUUAUCUUCUUCGACACUUCAUAUUGUCGACUUUGGUAUUGCUUACGGUUUUCAGUGGCCGAUUCUUAUCAAACACUUGGGUGAUAGACCUGGUGGGCCCCCGAAGUUGAGGAUUACGGGAAUAGAGUUUCCACAACCGGGUUUUAGGCCAGCUGAGUGGGUAGAGGAGACGGGGCGACGGUUGGCCACUUACUGUGAGCGGUUUAAAGUUCCGUUCGAGUACAACGCGAUAGCGAUUCAAAACUGGGAAAUGAUCAACAUUGACGAUCUUAAGCUUCAGAGAAACGAGUUUCUUGCUGUGAAUGCUCUCGCUCGAUUUGAAAACUUGCUCGAUGAAACGAUGGUCACCGGCAGUAGUCCACGGGAUGCGGUUUUGAAGCUUGUUCGGGAUAUGAAACCGGAUAUCUUUGUUCAUUCGAUUGUUAACGGAUCUUAUAGUGCUCCGUUCUUUGUAACCCGCUUCAGGGAGGCGCUUUUUCACUACUCUGCUUUGUUCGACAUGCUCGAUGCGACGAUAGAACGUGAGAAUGAACAAAGACAGAGUUAUGAGGGAGAAUUUCAUGGGCGCCAAGUUAUGAACGUGAUUGCGUGUGAAGGUCCGCAGAGGGUGGAGCGGCCUGAAACGUACAAGCAGUGGCAGGUUCGAAUCACACGGGCUGGGUUCAAACCGAGACGCAUCGACCGGGAGCUUGUUUCGCAAGUGAAAAGUAAGGUGAAGGCUGGGUAUCACAAAGAUUAUGUGUUUGAUGAAGAUGGGAAAUGGAUGCUACAGGGAUGGAAAGGCAGGAUUCUGUAUGCCAUUACUUGUUGGGUACCCGUGUAGGACCCCUCGUACUUUCGUGUUAAUAUCCAUGGCCAGGGCUCUCGUACGGUGCUUUUGGCAUGGAUGGAUAUCCUUACAAUUUGAUCUAAGAUAAUGGUUUUAUGAAGAUGGAGAAGGUUUGGUUUGCAAGCAGGUGGAAGCAAUGUUGACAUGUUUUAGAAGAGUGUGUAACCAUUAAUUAAUUUUAUUAAAAGUAGAUGGAUGGAUGCAUCACAGUAGUAGUUUGGUAAAUUUGUUGGGCUUACUUGUUGCUGCAUUAUGGUUACUUAGUUGCUUGUCUAAUCUUUCCUUGAUAUUGGUUUUAUAAAUAAUCUUGAAAAUGAUCUAGGACAUAAUGAUGCCUUUCUUUUUAA